ACUAAUACCGUGGCCGGCCAGCCCCGACAUUUUCCGCCCAUUUGCAUCAAUAAUCCUAAACUUCAGAAACGUCUUAGCUUCCCUCACUCGUACCGAAUUCUCAGACUCGAAUUGAUCUUCAAAGCUCGUUCCAGUUUUGUGACUGGAAAUCUGGAAUGUAGCAUAUGGCGACAUUGAGAAACUUGAAGAUAAAAACUAGCACUUGUAAGCGCCUUGUUAAAGAGCUACACUCUUAUGAGAAAGAGGUCGAAAGUGAAGCUGCUAAAACAGCUGAUAUGAAGGAGAAAGGUGCUGACCCUUAUGACCUUAAGCAACAGGAGAAUGUGCUGGCUGAAUCAAGGAUGAUGAUUCCCGACUGUCGCAAGCGCCUGGAGUCUGCACUGGCUGACCUAAAGGGAACAUUGGCGGAGCUAGAAGAGGCUGACGAGAAAGAAGGGUCAGAAAUUGAUGAAGCUCGUAGCACCAUUGCUGAUGUUGAAAAACUGUUUCAAAGUGAAGAUGCAUAGUAUAUGAAUUGCAAAUUUAGAUUCUAACUAAUGUGAGAGAGCUAUACGUUCCUGAAAGAAGUGAGCUGAGGUUUUUGUGGUGAAAUUCGAAGUACCACUCUAGCUGUCAGUUAUCAGGUGUGGUAAAAAUAUAAAUGUUUCGUUGGUUUUGUAGUCUAUGACAAUCAACUUCCUUGCCCAUCUGAUCUGGAUGUUUUAUUGUCCUCCGUAACUUACCCCUUUUGGUCCACUCAGGAAUCUGAGAACUGACUGAUUCUAUAUACUUCAUAUGCUCAUUUGAUCAA